AUGGGUUUGUCAAUCUAUUUGUUGGCUGCUAUCACAGCUUUGGGAACGGUGAAUGCUUUGGAAGGGCCAAACAUAUGCACUAGGCAAGAAACGUAAGUAGAUUAGGUUUAUUAUUAAUUUAUGUGCACUAUGCUUGACAAUAUUACGUAAAGUGAUAAUUGAUACUUAACUUGUUUUCCUGGAUCUUUAUUAGAGAGUCUAAUACUAUCUUUCUUGGUCUAGAAAAUAUUCAAUAAGAUAUUUAAUAAAAUUUUAUGAAAGAAGUAAAUAUUAAAAUAUAAUAUAUUUAAUAUAAUAUAAUAAAAUAUAAUAUAAAAUAUAAAAAAUAUAAUAUAUUUAAUAUAAUAUAAUAAAAUAUAAUAUAAAGUAAAUAUUAAAAUAAAUAUACUAAAUGAUUUAUUAUUACAUGUAUGUGUUAAUAAUUACGUGUAUUAUCUGUUAUAAUUACAUAUAAUUUUUUAUAUUUGAUCAUAAUUUUGUUUAAUAUACAUAUACAUAUAAUAUGCAUAUAAUUUUGUUUAAUAUACGUACAUAUAAAAAUUUCUACGAUAUUAUGAAAGUGGAUAUAAAGAUGUAAAGAUAUAUAACUAUUUUAGUUUCUUUAUUUUAUUUUCUUUUAUUACAAAAAAGUCUCUCCUUAUUACAAAAUAAAAAUUAAAUUUUUUAAGAACAAAAUCGUAAUGGACUUAAGAGAGAUAAUAGACUUAAUUUUAUUUUAACUGUCAAUCGUGUUUUUCACGAUUCAUAACACUUGGCUGGUGUUAGGUACACGGUAACGGUGAGAAUAUCGGAGCAGAAACCUUAUACUGUACGAGAGAACACCUGGUGCUUCAGUUUUCCGCCGAGAUGCUCUAAAUACAAGGUGGUAUUCAAGACGAUGUACAAAGAACAGGAAUUAACAAAACAAAGACCAGUGGAAGAAUGUUGCAAAGGCUACACAGAGACCAAUGAUGGCAAUCGUUGCAUUCCUAUCUGUUCCAAGGACUGUAUUCAUGGAACUUGCAUCGCACCAGACGUCUGCAAGUGUGAAUCAGGAUACGGGGGCCCGUUAUGCGAUUACAAGUGUCCACCUGGGAAAUGGGGUAAAUCUUGCGAAAUGGAUUGUAUGUGCCAGAACGGAGCAACUUGUGAUCCAUUUGACGGCAAAUGCUUGUGCACCAGAGGUUGGACUGGUAUAUACUGUAGUCAGGAAUGUCCUCCUGACCGAUAUGGACAAGAUUGUGGCGAAGAGUGUCGUUGCAGGAAUGGUGGAAGCUGUCAUCAUAUCUCUGGCGAGUGCCAUUGUGCUCCUGGUUAUACAGGACCGCUUUGCGACGAUUUCUGUCCACCUGGAAAACACGGCGAUGAAUGUAAAUCAGAGUGCAAGUGUCAGAAUGGUGGUUCUUGCAAUCCUACAACUGGCGAAUGCUAUUGUACACGUGGAUGGACUGGUUCAGUUUGUGCGAACCGGUGUCCAGAAAAUUUCUGGGGUAAAAACUGUUCUCAAGAGUGCGAUUGUUACAAUGGAGCUGGCUGCCAUCAUAUCACUGGAGAAUGUGAAUGUAAACCUGGCUAUUAUGAUGAAAAGGUGAUCACUCUUACUAUUAAUUGCUUAAAAAUAUGCUCUGAAGGAACGUUCGGUUUGAAUUGUACAAAUAACUGUACCUGUGAGAAUGGUGCAAUUUGUUCUCCAAUCGAUGGAACUUGUACUUGUAGUCCCGGUUGGAUGGGUAAAAAAUGCAACAAGCGUGUUUGUUCGGAUAAAUUGUGGGGACCCAACUGUUCCAAAGUUUGCGAGUGUGAGAAUAACAAUACAGAAAUAUGUCAUCCUUGGACUGGAAAAUGCAUUUGCAAACCAGGAUGGGAUGGUGAUACCUGUACUAGACCUUGUCCACUUUAUAUGUAUGGGAAGGGCUGUCAAAACCAUUGUAAUUGCAAGAACAACGCGCAGUGUUCGCCCAUAAAUGGAACUUGUAUUUGUGCGGCAGGAUACAGAGGAGAUGAUUGUAGCGAAACAUGUCCUGACAACACUUAUGGCGAAAGCUGUACGCAAAAGUGUAUUUGUAAAAAUGGUGCCACUUGUUCACCCGAGAAUGGCCGAUGCAAUUGUACAGCAGGAUGGGUUGGUGUUUCAUGUGAUCGUCCCUGCGACGACAAGUCUUUCGGCAAGGACUGCGAGGGCAAAUGCAAAUGCUUUAACAAUGCUGCCUGCAAUCCACAAAAUGGCACAUGCACGUGUGCAGCUGGCUUCACCGGCGAAUUUUGCCAAGAUCAUUGCGAAAAAGGAUUUUUCGGGUUGGGAUGUACUCAGGCCUGCGAUUGUCAUGAAGAGAAUAGUUUAGGCUGUGAUCCUGCCAUUGGUCGUUGCAUCUGUAAACCAGAAUGGCGAGGAAUCCGUUGUGAGACCAAGUGUUCAGAAGGCUUGUAUGGUGAUGAUUGCCAUUCGCAAUGUGAAUGUAUGAAUAAUAGUUCAUGCGAUCCGCAAACAGGCACUUGCAUUUGUGCCAGAGGCUGGGAAGGAGCUGACUGUUCUCAACCCUGUAAAGAGGGGUGGUAUGGCGUGCGUUGUAAGGAGAAGUGUCCAGAAAAAAUGCAAGGAAACAUGACGUGUGAUCAUGUCACUGGUGAAUAUGUUUGUCGACCUGGAUACUUAGGUUUAACAUGUGAGCAUCCUUGUCCACCUAAUCGUUAUGGAUUAAAUUGUGCUAAUCACUGUCGCUGUAAAAACGGUGGCGAGUGUCAUCAUGUUACAGGCGUGUGUCAAUGUCGACCCGGUUGGCAAGGUGAAUUUUGCCAAACGCCUUGCAUGGAAGGAACAUAUGGCAUGAAUUGUAGUCAACAUUGUACAUGCCAGAAUGGAGGAAAAUGCAGAUCUAAUGAUGGUCAUUGCCGUUGUGCACCUGGUUGGACUGGCACCAAAUGCACCGAAAGUCCAAAUUGUGAUGAAGAAUUGUUUUCGCGUAACAUUCAGGAGAAAGAUGAAACCGGCUAUGGCAGUGUAGUAGCAGGAUUUUUAUUUGCUGCAAUUGUUGUUAUUGCAAUAACAUUUGCAGGAUGGGUAUAUCAUCGGCGUAGAGUAGCAGAUUUGAAGAACGAGAUUGCACAAGUGCAAUAUAUCGCCGAACCUGCUUCUCCUCCAGAACAAACUCAGUUUGAUAAUCCCGUGUACGCCUAUCAAGGCUCUUCGAAAUUCGAUGAUGGAACAACUACUUUACUGAAUAACUUCCAAUUCAGAAAUAAUCUCGGAACAAGUAAAAAGAUAAACAAUGAGAAAGCUAAAUUGGGAAUGAACAGUUGUACAGAUGAUGAAGACGAUUGUAAAGGAUCUUAUAAUCGAUAUGAUCUAAAGAAUAGAGAUGCAGAUAUGGGAAAUCCAAAUCUUAAUGUAUAUCAUAGCAUCGACGAAAUGGAUGGGAAAAAGAUCGAACAUGUUUACGAUGAAAUUAAGCAAAAUAAUGACGAAUCAGAAUAUGACCAGUUAGAUCAUCCAAGACCAGUUAGUAGUUAUAAGCAGUACAAUCGAAUGGCGAAUGGUUUCUGUUCGAAAUCAUCAGAUAAUGCAGGACCUAGUAGUUUGAAAGAUCCAGAACUUGGUGAAAUGUAAAUUUUUCUUGGAUCUCAGGCUGAAUCAUGCAGGUUCAAAAUUUAAAUAUUAUAUGUCUUCAAUAUAACUUAAAAAAACAUUUUAAAAAUUUUUAUUACUUUAAAUAAGUAGUUUAGAUACUUUUAAAUUUUUUUACGUGUUAAUUUGAGAGUCUUGAGAAAAUCUUCAGAAAAUCUUAAAAAAUAA